CACCCCCUGCUGGCUACAAGUUGGCGGUGCCUGCUGCCACCGCAACGCCCGCAGCCUGCCUGCCUGCUGCCACUGCUACGCCCGCCCACCUGCUGGCCCCGCUACGCCCGCAGCCCGCCUGCCUGCAGCGGACUUGCCUGUUCCUGUCCAGGCUGAGGUGCUGGUCCCGCCGGCUACUGCACCAUCCAGCGAGGCUCUGGCUGCAGUGCCCCCUGCUGGCCAGGAGUCGGCGGUUCCUGCUGUGCCGCCCGAGCUCCCGGCUUCGCCUACAGCUCCGCCUCUGCCCACGCCUGAAGUCCCGCCGCCUUCGCUGGCUGCAGCUUCACCUGCAGCUCCGCCCGUUCUGCCUGUCUCACUGGCUCUUGUCCCACCUGUUCUACCUGUCCUGCCUGUCUGUGUGAUUACCCAGAUCAUGCUAGAAGGGCCUGACCAGCCAGUCCCGGUCGCUGCACCCUCGGAGGCCCCUGCCAUGCUGCUGCCCAUUCUGGCUACGGCGCCCCCUGCUGGCCCAGAGUCGGCGGUUGCUGCUAUGGCGCCCCCUGCUGACCCAGAGUCCGCGAUCUCUGCUGUGGCUCUGCCCACGCCCGAGGUCCAGGCGUCGCCUGCGGCCGCGCCCGAUGCUCUGUCCAUGGCUUCGCCCGCUGCAACGCCUGCAGCUUCGCCCACGCUCGAGGCUCCUGCUGUCCCGCCUCCUGCCUUGCCUGAUUCGCCCGUCUUGCCUAACCUGCCUGUUUCGCCUGAGGCUCCACCUGAGGUCGGGUCUCCACCCAAGGCUCCUGGGUCCCCUGUUCCGCCCGUCUGUGUUCUGCCCUUACAGGUGUCGCCCGCUGCAGCAUUCGCUGGCCUAGCCCCUCCUGCUGCUCCACCCGAGGACCCUGGUGAGGUGCCUGCUGAGGUCCUGGAGACACCCGCAGACCACCCGCCUGCUGCUGCCGCACCGCCCGAGGCAGCUUCCGCUGCGGCCUCCCCGCCUCCUGCUCCACCCGAGGCGGCUUCCGCUGCGGCCUCUCCGCCUCCUGCUCCGCCCGAGGCGGCUUCCGCUGCGGCCUCUCCAGCUCCGCCUGUCAUGCCUGUCCCGGCGGCUCCACCUGUUCUGCCUGUCCCAGCGGUUCAUGCUCCUGGGGCCGAAGUCCCAACGCCGUCUCCACCUGGAGAUACGCCCGAGGCUUCCAGUGUCCCGGAAAGGGAGGGGACAACGAGGGGUGGGGACCUGGCCGGGAUCAACCCUGCUGAGGCGAUGGCGGAGGAGUCCUCCUGA